AUGGCCAAUAUGAAAAACUCCACGCUUUGUGUCCUUGGCUGCGGCAACUUAGGAAGCGCCAUUCUCAAGAGUUUGAUCGAUAGACCUCAAGAUCAAAAAGCUGCUGUACUAUUUACUCGAUUCAUCGCAUCGGUCCGAAGUCAAGAGUCAGAACAUCGAUUGACCGCACAAUUCUCCGCUUAUUCCCAGAAUUUAUCAAUCUCCCGGGACAGUCUCAACGCGGUUCAAGAAUCGGAUAUUGUAGUGUUGGCCGUUGACCCCGCGGUCGUCGAGACGGUAUUACUGACUGCCGGCCUUCGCGAUGCCUUAGCGGACAAGCUGCUGAUCAGCGUCGCGGCGGGCUGGACCCGGCAGAAGCUCGAGACAACCCUCUAUGGCAGCCCAACGACCUCCGAAAAUACCAAGGGUCGCACGUGGGUAGUACGCACGCUGCCUAAUAUCGCUGCGUCAGUCUCGCAGAGCCUCACGGCCAUCGAGAUCUCCGAGCCAGAGCUCCCUGACCAGUACCGGCAGAUCACCGAUGCGAUCUUUUCAAACCUGGGGAAGACGGUCCAUAUCCCCCCAUCUUGGAUGGAUGCGACAACCGCGGUGGCUGGAUCAACUCCCGCUUUUUUCGCUGUCAUUGUCGAUGCAAUGAUUGAUGCCGCCGUCGCCGUGGGCGUGCCUAGGGACAUGGCGCGGGCUAUGAUGGUUCAGGCGAUGCAAGGAACCGCAACUCUUCUGCAAAGUGGAAUGCAUCCGGCCGUGUUGAAGGACCAGGGCACGUUGCCCGAAGGAUGUACCAUUGGAGGUCUGAUGAUCUUGGAGGAGGCAGGAGUGCGCGGCCACGUUGGUCGGGCCUUGCGAGAAGCCGUAACCAUUGCGCGUCUUAUGGACGGUACUCGUCAUGUGAAUGAUACCAGACAGUAG